GGAUCAGCGACCGACGAGCUCGAAUCUUCGAUCGGAGAAUCGAAAUUGCAACGGCGACCAACACCGAAACCGUUCACGAUCGAGAGUUUGAUUGGUAAUUGCGGCACACAGAAAGGAAGUUGCGAUUCAGGGAGUCAAGGAGAGAGAGUGAACGAAAACGAAGAGGAUUCUGAUCGAGAUAGGGAAUAUCUUUAUCAGAGACAUUACUUGGCGACAACGGCUGCCAGUGCACUUCCUCCUGGUUUCGGAGUGCCGCUCGGUUUGUACGGUGCAUGGCUACCGAUGCGGAUGUACGGUAGCGGCGGGACUUCCGGUGUCCCAAUGUUACCAGCGCAUACCUCCGCCAGUUAUCCGUCUCAUCAGGAUCUUUAUCAGAAUCGGUUGUCGCAACAUCUCGGCCCAGGAACGAAUCACCUUCAAGGCGCGGCUUAUCCGAUCCCUUGUCACCGUGGUUCAAAUAAUCGUGGCUCGACCAGUUUCACGGAUAGCGAGGACGAUGGUAGUAUCGAUUCACCGGCAUCACCUGCUCACGAUCUUUCUAAAUCGAGACACGGUUCAGAAAAUGGUCGCGCCUCGGCGGACAGCGAGGACGAAGGCGGAGGACUAAGCGUGACCGGCGAGGGUCACGAUGCGACCGACACGAUGUCCAGCAACGCGUCCAGCAACGUGAGCCCCGGGGGAUCCCUAGAAAAUGGCCAAGGCACGUCGACAAGCGGAUCAAGCAACAACAACAACAACAACAACAAGGCCAGACGAAGGCGAACAGCGUUCACCUCUGAACAAUUAUUGGAACUGGAACGGGAGUUCCACGCGAAGAAAUACCUAAGCCUCACCGAGAGAUCUCAUAUCGCCCACGCGUUGAAAUUGUCGGAGGUCCAGGUGAAAAUCUGGUUCCAGAAUCGGAGAGCCAAGUGGAAAAGAGUGAAGGCGGGGUUGAGCGGCGGUGGUGUCGGAUCCGGGGCGAAUAGCUUGGCGACACCUGGUGCCUCGAGCAGGCAUAACGGCGCGGCCGGGCAACAUUCUGGGAACGGUACCAGGAUCGUCGUUCCGAUUCCUGUUCACGUUAGCAGACUGGCUGUCAGAUCUCACCACCAUCACUUGGAGAAGUGUGCCAGGCCGCCGAGAGUCAGGCCAACCGCCGAGAAUCCUGCUUCCAGCGCAUCCUCGUCCGUUCUGGGAGAUGCUCUUGGAUUGGUUAAUUCAUCCAUUAAUCUGAGCGGCCAGGUACAGAGUCCUUUGAGCAGCGGAGUCGGAAUCGGGGUCGGUGUCGGACUGAGAGCCUUCACGGUUCCCUCUCAUCGCGGUGGACUUAGUUCUUCCGGCAGGUAGUGAAAGCUAAGAAGUGAAUUGUGUUGAUAUUAAUUGGAGAUACGUGAUGAGAAAGGUUUUCUCAUUAUUUACGAGGAGGGAUGUUGGAAAGGAAUUAAUGUUGAUAGGGACGUUGAUGAUGAAGCGAAGAUCGUUGAUGAAUUACUGAUUGUGGAGUUGUGUAGUGAUCUGGAUAUUACUAUGAGAGGAUGAAUUACGAGGAAGAAUAUCUUCGAUGGAAAAGAGAAAGAAUAUUGUAUAAGUGAUUUAUUAUGUUAACUUGAAUAACGAAAUUCUUGGAAACCUGUGAUGCCUUCGAUUCACUUCGAAGUACUAUCUCUUCUAUCGUUCAAUUCUCCCUCGUGAUUCAUCCAAAUUAUUCCAAAAUCGUCCAAUAUUUUCUACCACGAUCGAGAUCAACUUGUAAAUAAGUGUACCCAUUCUUGAUGAUUGAAAAUGACUGUGUAAAUAGCUUUCGCACAGCGUACUGCCUGGACUGUAUUCUCCCGAACAGGGGUCGUAGGUCGUACUUGUAGAUAAUUUCCUUACGUUUAAGCGAGUCUCUGCUCCAGAACUAGUUGUGGCACGAUGAUAUCGAAUCGAUCGAGCCUGCGAUCAUCAUGUGGAGCGAAAGUGUAUAUCGAGAAGGCAAUAAAACGUGCGAAUAUCAUGUGAAA